GCCCUGUGGCAGCAGCAUGGACCCUGGAGGAUGGUGAGCUGCUGUCUGUCAGUCUGUUUGACCACACCCAUGUUCCUGCCCUAACCUCUGAGGAUCAGACCCUCCCUCCUUGAGAUGUCACACAGCCUGCUAUGUACCUGGGUGUGCACAAUGGCCAAAUGUAUGUCCAGCUGUCAUCCAAGAUGGCUGCUGAGGUAGACAUGGUGGCUAAAGCUAAACUCCUCAUGGACAAGAAACUGCCCAUGGCCAUUCCUAGGGUGUCAUGGAGACCAUACCUGGCAACCUCUGACACCAGGACACCCAUCCUGCUGACCGGUGGACAGUCCCCCCCUCUCCUGACCUAUGAACCCGACUUGGACAGGCCACCCAUUGACCAUCCCACAGGCAACGUGGACUAUCCCUAUGACAAUGGGUAUUACCUGUUUUCGGAUGACCCAAACUGCUGUCCACUAGAGGAGGCAAAGGAAAGACAUAGGAGGAGCGUGGAGCAGAACUCUUCAUCUAACAAAAAACUUGUGGUGGAGGAUGACAUUGUUGUACAGGUGCUCAGCUGGUGGCAGGAGAUAGUGGCCAUCAGCGUCGUCACAUCUGGCAUCAUACUGCUCUUCCAGAACUUCAGGAAAAAAGACAUGAAGGUGAGGGAGGCUGAUAAUGCAUGCAAAGCGACUUUAAUGUCAUGGACUUACCUGCCAGACAAUAUCCUUGUUGCAAACAUCAUCAAUGCGAAGUCAGUAGCCUGUGCUGCAAAGGGUACUGUCAAGUGCACCAGCUGUGACAACCUGCUAGAGGCCUCACACCGCUGUUUGGACUGCCAGAGGUUCCUCUGUGUCAACUGUCAUGCUGCUCACAAGCACAUGCAGAUUUUCCGCAGGCACAGAAUGCAAGACAUUUCUGAGUUCUUCUGCCAACAACAGGCUCAGAAGAGGCCAUUGUACUGCACUAAACACCAGGGGGAGAUCCUGGAACUUUUCUGUGAGACCUCAGGGAUGUUGUGCUGUAGCAAAUGUGUAGAGGAGAACACAACAAUCCCUAGGAAUAACUACAAGUCCCCAGAUGAGAUAGCAGUGAGCUACAGGAAGACUCUACGCUCCAGUAUCACUGGGCUGGAAAAGAAACUAAAGAGUUUGGAGGGUGAAAGGGACAGGUUCGACAGGGCCUUGUCACUUCUUCUGGAGAAACAGAACCGGGCAGAGGCAGAAAUUGUCAGGUCUACCUCUGAGCUUAUAAGCAAGGUUGAGGAGGCUAAACAGUGUUGCCUGGCAGAGUUGUCCAGUAUUGUGGAUGAGAAGAGAGCAUUGCUGGUGGAGACUAAGGAGGACAUGCUCCAGCACUACUGCAGGGGAGAACACAGCUGCUCACAGGCACGCAGCUUCCUGGCCCUGGCUACAGACGCAGAGCUGCUGUGUCUGAUGGACACGUUUCAACAGAGACUUGAGGAGCUGACCAGCUAUGAUGUACGGUGUGACCUUGAGAACACCUUGUCCUUGUACUUCCACUCUGCAGAGGUUAGUGUAGAAACCCUGAAGAACAACCUGGGAUAUCUUCAGACUGGCUCGGUUGUCCCACAAGAUGUGCUAGCAGCAGGAGAUGGCAUUGCCCUGGCAACAGCUGGGGAGGAGGAGAUGGUUACCAUAGCAACAGGGUGUGACCAUGUGAGGACCAUGAUCAGUUCCAUCUGUGCUGAGGUGGUGGAUCCAGUGGGCGUGGUCACCCAGGCUACCAUCCAUGACAACUUCAACGGCACAUACUCGCUCUACUACAUGCCACAGCUUGCGGGGCCGCACAGGUUAUCUGUGAAGAUCCGUGGCCACCACAUCCGAGGAAGCCCUUUCUCUGUUCACGUCAUUCCAGCUGCUAAUGACGACUCACACAGACAUACUUCCUCCCAGACAUCACCCCUGAAACCUGCUAAAGAGACUGCCUUGACACCAGGAGGAAGGAAGACUGAAAUAAGCUCCCGUAGAUGGAGUCAGGAGGGGAAAAAAGAGGCCAUCAACAGGAUUACUAAACAUUUGGGGAAGCUAGAUGUCCAAGACUUCAAGGCUAAAGGACACGAACAGUCAGAAAAGCUUCACACAGAUGAAAGGAAACGCCUGUCUGUGGGUGAUCCAAGCCUACAGAAGGACAAAGUUAGUGCUGAAACUCUGGCUGUUGAUAAACUGAGGUCCAGGUCUGAUGACAACAGGAAAACAGAUGACAGAAUGACUGAGGGUGAGGAAGUAGCCAGUGUCAGCAGCAGCUGUGGCAGCCCUAUAAAAUCUGACUCUGAUGCAAACAACAACCGAUCGGCGAUUCCGUGGGUCGGGCCACGACGGAAGGUGAACUUGGACGGGGCACGGUCGCUGAGUCGCCACUCGUCUCCUGAGAAAAAUGGCAUAAAAACAUGCAGCAGUGAUGGUGACGAGGACAAUCAGGGUACAGACAGUUCCUGUGGGAAGUCCAGGUUAGCCAACACUUUCACGUUCCGUAAGCUCUACUCAGACAUAGAGCAAGAGGAGAGGAAGGCAGACACAGAGAAGAAGGAAGCUCCAAAAAUCCCGCAGCCAAAGUUCCAUCUUCCCAGCCCGCUCUUCACUUUUGAUGGAUCCAAUAACAUGCCCGUCACCUCAGAUACUGACAACGCUCCUGUUGUCAAUGGUGACGUAAAGUCUGAGAAGUUGACAGAAGCAAACAUUGAUGACUCCAAGGUAUCUGGCUGUGAGCUGAACUCAACAGGGAGCACCCCAGUGAAGAAGACAGAGGAAAAGACUGUGGUCAAUGGAAGUGUGAACAAAACUUUAAAGAAAGCUGAUACUUCGUCAGGGAAAGAUGUUAAGCCCAAGCCAAUGUUCCGUAUUGAUGACUUGAUGCCAAAAGGGAAGCUGUGGAAGAGCACCACCGGCCAGCUGGUGACCAGGUUUGGGAAUCGUGGCACACGAACUGGGGAGUUCAGCUUCCCCAUCGGGGUGGCGGUGGACUCUUAUGGGGGGAUCUUUGUCACAGACACUGGGAACAACAGGGUACAGGUGUUUGAUGGAGAAGGACACUUCAAAUUCAAGUUUGGUACUAUUGGUGGCCGUGACGGGGAAUUCCUGCGUCCAUCUGCCAUCGUGGUGACCCCAGCGGGAGACAUUGUUGUGAAGGAUGAUAAAAAGAUUCAAGUGUUUGACAGUGAGGGACGUUUUGUGCGGAGGUUUGGGGACAACGUGCUUCGGGCUCCGUUUGGGCUGGCACUCACCUCACAAGGACAUCUGGUCACAGUCAAUGCCCCAAGACAAGACCCAGCAGCUGUGUUGACCUUCACCUUGACAGGCGACCUGGUACAGAGGUCGCUGUUUGAACCUGUUCAAGGUCGACCCAACAAGCUGCGUUUCCUUGCCGUCAGUCAGCAGAACCUGAUUGUGUCAGACUUGGGUAACAACACUGUGUACGUCACCACACUGGACGGGAAGUCUGUGCUGCAGUUCGGAUCACGUGGGAUAGGGGACGGGCUGCUGAGUGAGCCAGCAGGGGUAGCCGUAGACUGGAGUGGCAACAUCAUCGUCGCAGACAGCAGGAAUUGCAGGGUACAGGUGUUCAAACCCAACGGGGACUUUUACUGCCAUUUGGACUUGGAUAAGAUUGUUCGUCCCUCAGACAUUGCUCUGACUAAUGAUGGAUAUCUGGUCGUGGUGAACUAUACCCAGCACAACAUCAAGAAAUACAAGCUGGGUGUAUAGAGGAGAAGUGCAGGAGGGUGCUCUUUGAUAAACAAAAUGACAGACAGCUUUGUUGGCAUGAUAGGUAAUUUAUCACACAUUUGAGCAGUAAAUACUUUUCUGCAUGACAUUCUACUAAGAUGGCACUGAUAAGGUAGAGUUGAACAGGUAAUAAGGUACGUCUCCUGUUCUAAAACUCAACUCUUUGUUUGCUUUUCUGCAUGGGAAGUUUGUUUGGGGCUUCAGGCAAUCAUGAUAGAAAAAGUUUCCAAUUAACAUUGUGCCAGACUCUUUAAUAAGCCCAAACUCGCAGAGUUACAGAUAUAAAGGUGUGUUGAUUGUAUUGUAGAGGAGUAGUACUGUAGAGUAAGUUGUGCUGUACUCAGGAGAGAUUAAGCAUUAUGUACUUAGUCUAUGUGAAGAAAGUCUGCAUCUUUAAAGCUAUUCAAAGGCACAGAGAAAAAGAUGGUAUGUUCUUCCUGAGUACAUUGUAGUUCAUCAUGUUAUGCUUGGAGAUUGAAUAAAGGUAUAUCUGAAGAUAUGUUAUGUUUACAACUUUGAAAAGAUAUUUGAAAUUUUUUUGGUAUGAUUUUUUUGUGCAGAUUGUAUGAAGCAGUUUACAGUUGGAAGAUUACCAAGGACAUGAGUUGUAAGAUGAAAAUGAUGACCUUGAAUCAUUAUUGGAAUGACACAAAAAGGUCCUUCAAGAAUCACACGAGGCAUAAUUAAGAAUUAGACCUCAAUCUGUCUUAAUGUCACUUUUCACUUACCAGACCAAUACACAUGAUGAUUCACGUCCCAUUGUGUUUGUUAUUUUGGGGAAAGCAAUGUAUUAGCCAGAGCAAUACAGGGUCAUAUUGUGUUGUCUGCCAAACCCACAACAACUGAGAAGGCGACUUUGCAAAGUUAAUACAACUUGAUGUAACUAACUAUCUUUGUUCGUGGUUUUGUUCAAUACAAAAUGUACUUGACAUUUUCAAGCAACCAAAUAGAAGUAAACCUUAUGUCAAAUUAUUUCAACUAACGCACACACAAGCACACACACAUGCACACACUGACUAGAUCAUAGAAUGUCUAAACUUGUCAUUCUUUCAGCAUUAUUCACAAGACAUUCUGUUGGUUUUGUUGUCAAUGUCAAUGCAUAAGUAUUUUUGUUAUGAUUUUUUUAUGUCCCAUUAUCUCACAGUAUUGAUAGGUUGAGUACACUCCAAGCUAUUACCAAGGACGUUAUUUGUUAAUGCUGGUUUGUAUGGUAGGUUAGGAUCAGGGUUACAAACUGUGACAGGAACAAAGGUGAAGAUGUAACUGUCAAAACGUAUUUAUUCCUGUUCUGUUUGUUGACUACUUUAGCUAUGAGAAUAAAUCGUUAUAUCCCAGA